AUGGCCAAGGAGAGGGAGAAAUCAGCAGCCGGCGGCGAGAAGAAGCUGUUUAUGGGAGUCGUAUGGAACUGCGCCGCCGAGCUCAAGCUCCUUUUGACCGCUCUCCUCAUCCUCUGCUCCGUCGCCACCCUCCUCCAGUUCCUCCCUUCCCGCUUCACCAUCUCCACCUCCGAUCUGCGCUUCUGCAUCUCCCGAAUCACCACCACCACCACCACUAUCUCCACCACCACCGCCGCCGACGCCGCCGCCCUCGCCGCUCUCAACUCCUCCUCCUCCUCCGCCGCCCAUACCGCCUCACAUCUCGUCGUUCCGCCGCCUCCCCUUCCUUCGUCUCCCCCCGCCGUCGAAAAGGACAAGGUGCUCGAGAACGGCGUAAUCAAGCGCGUAUUCAACCCGUACGGCUCCGCCGCCUACAAUUUCAUCACAAUGGGGACUUACAGAGGCGGGCUCAACACCUUCGCCAUUAACGGUCUCGCUUCCAAACCUCUCCACCUCUACUCCAAACCCACUUAUCAAUGCGAGUGGGUCCCCGAACCGUCGUCGAAUUCCAAUUCCUCCGCCGCUCCUCCUCCUCCGAUAACCACCGUCGGUUACAAGAUGCUUCCCGAUUGGGGGUACGGCCGGGUCUACACCGUCGUCAUCGUGAACUGCACUUUCGCCGAGCCAAUCAACACCGACAAUUCCGGAGGCAAGCUCUACCUCCUCGCCUCCACAUCCGGCGGCGGCGACACCAAAUUCAACACCACCGACCGAAUCCAGGUCCUGGAGGAGCCGAAAGGGAGCGUCGAUUUUGGGGUUUUCACCUCCAAGCCCAAGUACGACUACCUCUACUGCGGUUCGUCGCUGUACGGCAACUUGAGCCCGCAGAGGGUGAGGGAGUGGAUUGCCUACCACGUGAGGCUGUUCGGGGAGAGAUCUCACUUCGUCAUUCACGACGCCGGCGGCGUCUACGACGAGGUGUUCGAGGUUCUGAAGCCGUGGAUGGACCUGGGAUACGUGACGCUGCAGGACAUUAGGGACCAGGAGAGGUUCGAUGGGUAUUACCACAACCAGUUCAUGGUGGUGAACGAUUGCCUUCACCGCUACAAGUUCAUGGCUAAGUGGAUGUUCUUCUUCGAUGUCGACGAGUUCAUCUACGUCCCGCCUAAAAGCACCAUCAAAACUACUCUGGAUUCGCUUUCCGAGUACAACCAGUUCACCAUUGAACAGAUGCCCAUGAACAGUAAGCUCUGCCUCACCGCCGACUAUGGCAGAUACUACAGGAAAUGGGGGAUGGAGAAGCUGGUGUACAAGGACGUGAAGAAAGGGAUAAGGAGGGACCGGAAGUACGCGAUCCAGCCGAGGAAUGUGUACGCGACUGGGGUGCACAUGUCGCAGAACCUGGUGGGGAAGACGAACCACAAGACGGAAGGGAAGAUCAAGUACUACCAUUACCAUGGCUCCAUCGCGCAGAGGCGGGAGCCGUGCAAGACGCUGCUGAACGUGACCGAAACUUACUUCGACAAGACGCCAUACGAGCUGGACACGACGAUGAGGGACAUUGCCUGGGCGGUCAAGAAGUUCGAGCUCAAAAUGAUUGGCACCAGGCUGCAGAACACGCGGCAGUGA